AUGUUGGUAGAUGACCGUAAUAAAGAUAAGUUCUAUGCGGAACUUCAACUGCUAAUAAAGUCUCUAUCGAAACACGAUAUGGUCGUAAUCGAGGAAAACUGGAAUGCACGCGUGGGUCAUAAUGCCGCUGCGAUGAUUGGCAAAUAUGGCAUCGGAGACCGGUGGGCCAAUGGGAAACGCCUUGUCGCUAUGCCUAUAGCCGGAGAGCAUGAGCACUGUCUGAAAACGAUGCCAAAGUAUGAAUAUCAGAAGAUCCUGAUUGCACGAUGCUUCGAACAAUUACAACAGCACGGUGGGAUAGAAAUCACUAUUGGAGUGACAUGGCCUUGA